AUGGAACGUAAGCUCCAAUUGGAGGAGUUAGAAUGUCUUAGACUAGAAGCAUAUGAGAAUUCUAAGAUUUAUAAGGAAAAGGCCAAGACAUUUCAUGACCAAAAUAUAAGGAGGAAGAGCUUUAAGAUAGGUGAUGAGGUGCUUGUGUACAACUCAAGGUUGCGGUUGAUGCUUGGAAAGUUGAGAUCUAAAUGGGAUGGUCCUUUUAGAGUGGUGGACGUCAAGCCCUAUGGGGAGGUUAGGGUGGUUCACCCUAUCAAUGGAACUAGAUUCAAUAUCAAUGGUCAUAGGGUGAAGCCUUACCACACACAACCCAAACAUGCCAAGGAGUUGGAGAUUUUCCUCCUUGGAGAGGUUCCAAAUGAUCAAUAA